CUACGUUUUAUACCAUAAACCACUAAAACCCUCUUAAGUUUCGCACUCCUUCAAGAUCACGAGACGCCAAUUUUUACAAACCCUAGAUACUUUAAGGGAGGUGAGAGGCCAAUUUUUAGAGCCACUUUGUUAACACUCCUCUCACCUCACUCUCUCCCAUCCAAAUCUUCAUUUCAGGGUUUUUGAUUGCUUUUGUGAGAUCAAGUACUAAGAGUAGUGAUGGCGUCUACGGUUCAGCCUACUCCAGUUCCAGCUCCUACUGCUGAUGUUGUGGGGAAUGCAUUUGUUCACCAAUACUACCUUAUUUUACACCAGUCGCCCGAGCAUGUUCAUCGAUUUUACCAGAAUGUUAGUAAGCUUGGUCGCCCAGAAGAAAAUGGGGUCAUGAGUAUCACAACCACAAUGCAAGCUAUCAAUGAUAAGAUACUUUCACUCCAUAAUCGAGAUUUCAGCACUGAGAUAAUGACUGUGGAUGCACAAGAAUCUUACAAUGGGGGAGUUCUUGUUCUUGUGACUGGGUAUUUGACUGAAAAGAACAAUGUGAGGCAAAAAUUUACUCAGAGUUUCUUCCUGGCUCCUCAAGAAAAGGGCUACUUUGUUCUGAAUGAUGUCUUUAGAUAUGUAGAUGAGGCUAACUAUGAUGGAAACCAUGCUUCUGUUAAUGAUGUUGAAUUGCCUGUUACUCCUGACCAAGGCGGCUCUCUAGUGCACGGGACUUGUGUUUCUGAUCAAACAGCUGUUUUAUCAGGGGAAGUCAACAAUGAGGGCAUUCGUGAUUCCAAUGAAAAUGGGUACAACACAGUUGAAGAAGAGGAGACUCCGGUAACUGAGGUUGUUGAUGAGGUUCCAGAUGAUACACACAUGGUUGCUGAAUCUAACUCUAAAAUGGAAGAAGUGGCGAAGAAGUCGUAUGCCUCAAUUGUUAUGAAGGACAGUGCUGUCUCUAUGUCAUCCCCUCCAUCUUCUCUAAGGUCUAUAAUGAAGGGCCAGGAGCAACAACCUAACUCUGCAUCGCCUCCAGCUCAGGUUCCGGAGAAACCUGUUUCGAGUGUCAAUGCUACUGAAAAUGGGAAUAACCCCGAGGGUGGAGCUGAGGGUCCAUCUAUCUAUCUUAAAGGUCUGCCUGUGAGUGCCACACAUUCCAUACUUGAGAAUGAGUUCAAGAAGUUUGGAACUAUAAGGAGUGGUGGUAUUCAAAUUAAAACCCAAAAGGGAUUUUGUUUUGGCUUUGUUGAAUUUGAAGAGGAAGUCUCUGUGCAAAAUGCAAUAGAGGCAUCUCCCAUGAUGAUCAGUGGGCGACGAGUCAUUGUUGAACCGAAGAAGUCAACUCGAGGAGGAAAUAGGGGAUGGUUUUCAUCAGGACCGGGAAAUGGAUAUAGGAAUGAUGGAGCCAGAGGGCGUGGAAACUAUGGAGCUAGCAGAGGCUAUGGCCGGGGUGAUUUUGGUAACAGGAAUGAGUAUGAAAACAGGAGUGGCAAUAGGGGAGGAUUUUCUAACCGUGGAGGUGAUGGAUACCGGAGGACUGAUCAGAUGGGGGGCACCGGUGGUCGCAUCAACCGCGUUGGCAGGAUGACUGUUAAUGCGGCAACUAAAAAUGUAGCACCACGUGUACCUGCUCCUGCAUGAGGAAAGCAUUUAUUUGUGAGGCAGUCAUAGAGUAAGGAUAAAAUUUUCUGUUUGUAGUUUAGUGAUUUGGCAAGUGGUUUAAUAGGUUAAGGGGAAGGAUAUGCUAUUUUAGUGGAUUAACUACCCCAAUUUUCUUUAGGAUUUAUCAUGGAGCUUAGCCAUUUUUUGCCCAUAAUGAGUUGUGAUCAAAAUUUUUUCCCAUAUAUUGCGGGAGUUUCUUUUUUAGGGGGUUACAGUGGAUAACAUUAAUCCAUGUUUCUCGUACAUGAAAAAUGAUAAUUGUUAGGUUGCAAGACAAGUUUUCCUCGACAAUUUUGAAGAAAUGGCUAAUGGAGAAUGUUCUAUGUUUUUUUA